GACUCGCUGCCCUUUUUCACCGGGACCUGGCCGUCCACGCGGGCCGACUGGAGCGGCGAGGUGGGCGUCAGGUUCGAAGCGCGCAUCGAUUGCGUCGUGUGCGCGCUGGGCCGCGCCUGCGCCGGCGAGCUGCUCGAGGCCGCGCCGGUGACGCUGUGGUGCGCGGAGCGGCAGGAGGCCGUCGGCACCGUGGAGGUCGGGCCCCGCUCGCACAUCGAGGGCGGCUACGCCUUCGAGCGGUUGCCCGAGGGCGUCGCGCUGCAA